AUGAAAGGGUCUCAUGCGUACUCUGGGGUGAGCAAUGACGACAACUCGGCACCAUUGCUUGAAGCAGUCGAAUAUGAAGAGCAUGACUGGACCGACACGUUCUCAAUGGAGAGCUCAGGCUUCACGGGCACUCCUUCAAAGCAAAUCGAAGCAAAAUGGAAGAGUAUUGUCGAAGUGCCUAGUGUUGUCAUCCCACCUGAACGCCUGCCUUCCCUUAACCGGAGUGCCGAGCAAGGGUUUUUGCCCGCGUCCUCAAACUCUUCUGCGCAUGGUUAUUUAGCCGGCAUCGAAGUCUUCCAUCAUCUUCAUUGUCUCAAUGUUCUGCGACAGUAUGCAUGGCGUGAUUCAUACCCCGAGGAAUUACUUCCCAGUCUCUUCAAGUAUAAUUCACCUCUGGUUGUGCGUGCACAUGUGGAUCAUUGUACUGAGACUGUCAGACUUGCACUCAUGUGUAAUGCUGACGUUACGCCCUAUCUGCUUUACGAGAAAGAGGCAGAGCCUGGCUCGAAGGUGCCUGCCAGGGAAGACUUCCAGGCGUUUCAUAAGUGCAGGAAGUUUGAUCGUCUAUUAGACUGGGUUAAUACCAACGGGGUAAUGCCGCCCUGGCUUCAAAAGGGUAAUCCUACCUAG